AUUAUGUUGGUGCUUGCUGCAGACCUCAUCAGUGUUCCAGGGUGUAACUCUUUGCAAUCGCAACGGGUCGUGCACCCUCGAAGCGCACUUGACGUUGUGUUGACCUUCCGCGUCGACGUCAAUCCUCCUCCUACCACAGCCGCGCACAGCUGCUCGCUUGCUAUCGGAAGACAGUGCUAUCUGCAAAUUCUUGGCUCCGUAACACGGCUAAGUGCCCGUUGCUGGCCUCGCCACAAUGAGCUCACCAUCGCUGCACGAGGACUCGCUGCGUCGUGAUGCUCGGCGCGUCAUCAGCGUGUUUGCUGGCUCGGCGGUCCCACCACCAGUGCUGGAUUACGUGUUUGCCAGUGUCACGCGGGUCUCCGCGGGCGCCCAGCGGAAGGGCCCUAUCAACGCCAUGAGCCCACCGACGCCUCCGAAGUAUACCUUGCGGCGGUGCGACAGUGGUCCUCUGGGCGAGCCGUCUCUACUGGAGCUCGCGGCGGUGGGUCAUCGGCGACGGAACAGUGGCGAAGAGUUUGCGAGUGGGCCCCUGCAGUUCUCAUGGAACGAGGCGUCACCUGCGACCAGCCCGCCGCAGUCAUCCAAGCGGCACUGAAGACACUUUGCAAGAUAUGGGCAUUGACGUUUACAGGGCCGCAGCUGCCUGUCAAUGCGCCUGAACAACAACCGCUUCGACACGCAAGGCCGAAACCGUUACGGCGGCAGUGGCCUUGGCCUAGGCCAGCGCGCGCACCGCCGCGGUUAAGCGACGAGCUUGUGUAGACUAUCGAGAAGAGAAUUACACAACAAACAGUUAGUUAUUCAUUUUUGACCCCCUGGGUUAUGAUGGAGGAUACCCGGUCACACGUGUGUGCGCGCCCCUCCGACGCGGGCUGCGCCGUUGAUCCGUGUGUUGGACGUAGUCAGAGACGUCAUGAAGUGGAACACGUUGUGUGACAGAAAGGACAAAGAAUCUCGCCCUGCAGCUGUAUUUGCUGUGUAAGGGUUUGACGCGUGUACGGCUACGCAGACUCCUUUAGCGGGGGUCUGUGGUGUGUCCGUGGUCCAGUGCGGCGUGAUUGAAUUGACUGCAGGAUGGGCACUAGUGCUUGUACGUACGGUUUGUUUGUUUGUUUCAUAUUUUGUGUGUCAUGCCACUGUUUUUACGUGUCUGGUGGGGAUAUGCCUGAGCUGGUGCGGUGUACAAUAUGCGUGGCGCACCCAGCGUUUUGACAAAUCGAAUCCCUCCAGGACCGAGUACUGAGCGCAGUGCAUGCAACUCUUUUCUCUUUCCAUAGGUCGGUUUGCCUCUUGGUUUCUUAUGCAGAAUGUUAGAAGUUGACUUGCACGCACAGAUACAUAAGCAGGAUUGAUUAUGGUUUCUUCUGUACAUGAUGUGCACGACGUCCAGGUGGGGACGCACACAGGCUGGUGAAGUGCAGAGGUAGGCAAGACGCAAGUUGAGGUUGGAUUUCGGUUGCGUGUGUCCCGAGCAGUCCCGAGCAAGGACCAUGGCCGUGCGAUACGGCGCUGGCAUCAUGGUAAUAAGACAACAAGUCUGGCUUUGUGGCGUCAGAGGCAAGAACGUGU